CAUAGCCUUGGAUUACAAAAAUGAAAGUUUCAUUAACAUACUAAAAUUAGGCUAAACAUAUCCCAAAUCCUCCACUAUGUCCUUGGACCGGGACUCAUCACCACCACCCUCCUUCAGCAGGGACUGGUUCUUCCCUUCUCCUUCCUUCAUUCACCAAUCACCUCCCAAAACCCAUAAAUACCGUCGCAGAUUCUCCACCACCCCCAGAAUCUCUCAUCAAAAUCCUCCCGAUUCCAAUCUCCCCAAAACGUCCUCGUUUGCCCCGCCCGUUUCGUCCUCCACUACCACCUCUUACAGAGAUCCUAAGUAUGCCAGGCUUCGCCGCCGACGAGUCGAGUUCCCCCGCCGUUCUGAGAACUCCUCAAAACAAGAACAGGAAGAUGCUGCCAUUUUGGGAGAGAGGACAUCGUCCGGUGAGAGGACUGUCUGGUUUUCGGGCCAUCGGAAUAGAGUUCGGUGGCAGAUGGCCAUUUCCGCGGCGAUUGUGAUUUCAUGUCUCGCUUCUUUAGUGCACAAGAAUUUCUCUUUACACAAUCAAGUCAUUGAUUUGCAGGACCAAAUUUCAAAACUCAAUUUUAGAUUACGAGCAUGCAAUUUAUUAUCUCAAGUAGAUAAUGUUGAAUCCAUUCCACUGGAGAUUGAUGAUCAGCAUAGAAAUGGCUUAAAACGUUUGGCUUUUGUUUUCUCACUUACCCUUUUAUCCAUCCCUGUUCUUGUUUUCAAAUACGUUGAUUUUGUAUCUAAAUCAAGAUCAUCAGAUAAUAUUUCAGAAGAAGUAUCUCUGAACAAGCAGAUUGAAUAUAGAGUAGAUGUCUUUUUAUCAGUUCAUCCAUAUGCAAAGCCACUGGCAUUGCUGGUUGCUACCCUACUACUUAUCUGUCUCGGUGGUUUAGCACUUUUUGGUGUGACAGAUGAUGGCUUAGCUGACUCUCUCUGGUUAUCUUGGACUUAUGUAGCUGACUCAGGCAACCAUGCUAACUCUGAAGGUGUUGGUCCAAGGCUAGUUUCUGUUUCAAUUAGCUUUGGUGGGAUGCUUAUUUUUGCAAUGAUGCUGGGACUUGUGUCCGAUGCAAUUUCUGAGAAGUUUGAUUCCCUGCGGAAAGGAAGAAGUGAGGUAGUUGAGCAAAACCACACCCUGAUUCUUGGAUGGAGUGAUAAACUGGGAUCAUUGUUGAACCAACUUGCCAUAGCCAAUGAGAGUUUGGGCGGAGGGAUUGUUGUAGUGAUGGCUGAACGAGACAAAGAGGAGAUGGAAAUGGACAUUGCUAAAAUGGAGUUUGACUUCAAAGGGACUAAAGUCAUAUGCAGAAGCGGAAGUCCUCUGAUUCUUGCUGACCUUAAAAAGGUAUCUGUCUCCAAGGCCCGUGCAAUAAUUGUCCUUGCCGAAGAUGGAAAUGCUGACCAGAGUGAUGCUCGUGCAUUGAGAACAGUUUUAAGUCUGACGGGAGUGAAAGAAGGCCUGAGAGGGCACAUUGUGGUUGAACUCAGUGACCUUGACAAUGAGGUCCUUGUAAAACUUGUUGGUGGAGAUCUUGUUGAAACUGUUGUAGCUCAUGAUGUCAUUGGUCGCUUGAUGAUUCAAUGUGCGCGGCAGCCAGGACUCGCACAGAUCUGGGAAGAUAUCCUUGGGUUUGAAAAUUGCGAGUUUUACAUAAAAGGGUGGCCACAGUUGGAUGGUAUGCAAUUUGAGGACGUAUUAAUCAGUUUUCCUGAUGCCAUACCAUGUGGGGUCAAAGUUGCAUCAUGUGGUGGUAAGAUUAUCCUGAAUCCUGAUGAUUCGUACACAUUGCAAGAAGGUGAUGAAGUGCUUGUUAUCGCAGAAGAUGAUGAUACAUAUGCUCCAGCAACAUUACCAACGGUCAAUGAAGCAUCAUUCAUACACAUUGCCCGACCAGCAAGAAAGCCACAGAAGAUUCUACUUUGUGGAUGGAGGAGGGACAUAGAUGAUAUGAUAGUGGUAUUAGAUGCCUUUCUAGCACCUGGUUCAGAGCUUUGGAUGUUCAAUGACGUACCUGAAAAUGAGAGGGAAAAGAAGCUUAUUGAUGGUGGCCUGGACAUCAACAGGUUGGUGAAUAUAUCGCUGGUUAAUCGAGAGGGAAAUGCUGUUAUACGGCGUCACCUGGAGAGUCUUCCCUUGGAGUCUUUUGAUUCAAUCUUAAUUUUGGCUGAUGAGUCGGUGGAAGAUUCAGCCAUUCAAGCUGAUUCCAGAUCUCUUGCUACGUUACUUUUGAUACGUGAUAUUCAGGCAAAGCGUCUCCCAUAUAGAGAGGCUAUGGUGACCCAAGUUCACCGAGGAAGCUUCUCACAAGGCUCUUGGAUUGGGGAGAUGCAACAGGCUUCUGAUAAAUCAGUAAUAAUCAGUGAAAUUCUGGACCCUAGGACUAAAAAUCUGUUAUCCAUGUCAAGAAUCAGUGACUAUGUUUUAUCAAAUGAACUUGUCAGCAUGGCAUUGGCCAUGGUUGCAGAGGAUAAACAAAUAAAUGACGUAUUGGAAGAGCUCUUUGCGGAGGAGGGAAAUGAGAUGCAUAUAAGGCAAGCAGAUCUCUACCUUCGUGAAGGUGAGGAAUUGAGCUUCUAUGAAAUAAUCUUACGAGCCCGACAGAGGAGAGAGAUUGUCAUCGGUUACCGUUUGGCAAAUGCAGAAAGAGCUGUAAUAAAUCCGCCAGCUAAAAGUGAGAGGAGGAGGUGGUCACUCAAGGACGUUUUUGUGGUAAUUGCAGAAAAAGAAUAAUCAUUCUGGGCAAAGAUUAUAUUCUUUAGAAAAUAGGGAAAGAAACCUGCCAGAGGAUUUUGUAGUUCAUUAUAUGACAACCAACCAUAAUGUAAAUACGGCUUGCAGCAGAAUGUCAGCUCUCAUUCAUUUGUAAUUCAAGUACGCAUUUCAUUUGUCAAAUGUUUUGAAUUUUUAGACCACGAGUUUUGAUUUAACCGUACUGAAUUCAUUUCCAGGUUGAAAGAUGUUUCAAGUUUGAAUUAUUAUUAUCAUUAUUAUUUUCAUUA